AGGGUUCACUUUUGGCAAUCGAACAAGGCUGAACCUGUUAUCUGCGUCACAUUGUCUCGGCUUCAUGAUGGUGACGAGCGCGUCUAGGGGAUGACGUCGAUUCAGACUUUAGGGUUCGCCAUCGGUGUACCCCCACAUUUCCUCAUGAAAAAGUCCCUUCGGCCUCCACCACAGCAUAACCACCUCCUGUGCGGCCAGGAGACCUUGACCGCAAGCUUAUCCAGGACGACUAUCUCAGAAUGAACAACGAAGGUUGGGAUGAAGCGCGUGAGUCCCUUCUGGAGACGAACCAGAAGAUCAUCACUCGCGUAAGGAGUGCCUGGCGAGGCUUCAUCGAAUUUGCUGCCAGGGAUAAUGUGCUGGAGGUGGCCGUUGGUUUGAUGCUUGGAGCAGCCUUCACCGGUGUGGUGUCGUCGCUCGUUUCGGACAUCAUCCUCCCGCCCUUGUCGCUCCUCCCGUUCAUGGGAAAGAACCUGGAAGAGAAGUUUCUUGUACUCAAGCACGGACAUACAAGCCAUAUGCGAUACGAUACCUUGACCCAAGCAGCGGAGGACGGUGCCGUUACAAUGGCUUGGGGCCUGUUUCUAAACAACGUGUUCCACUUCCUAGGACUUGGUCUUUCCCUCUACUUGCUGGCGCAGUUUUACGGUUGGGUAUCAAGCGACUCGAUCAUUAAACACACCGUGCGUUGCUCGUAUUGCCGGAAGGAGAUCUCGCCCAAAGCGAAGCGCUGCUAUCUGUGCACGAGUUGGCUGGAUGGAAGGGAAGACUAUCCAAGGACGGCUUUGGGCACUUAGACGCGUCAAUUGACCGGAAGCGUAUGCACGGGUUGAUGGGUGGUCAUGAUGACAUUCUGUCCGGUUGCGAAAUGGAGGGUAUAGUGCAUAUGAGGUAUACC